UGAUGCCACUGUAUCGCAAGGUAACCUAGCCUAACCUGAUUUAACCUCUUCAAUCUACCGGGCAACUGAUCUAACAUAUCAAAGAAACAUCAAAGGGAGUCGCGAAUAUAUUGUAAAUAUAAUACAAAUAAUCUCUAGUGAAUGUAUAACGCAAGAUUGCUGAGAAAAUUAGUAGGCAGCAGAAAUUAUAGCGUGUGUCGUCGACAAGACAUGAGUAACAAUGAAGCAAUGAGUGGACCUGUGGCAAGUUCCAUCAGGAAGAAACUGGAAACUGGAUUGAAUCCACAACAUUGUGAUAUCAUUAAUGAAUCCUACAUGCACAAUGCACCCAAAGGAUCAGAGUCACAUUUCAAGGUUGUAGUUGUUUCUGAGAAAUUUGACAAGCAACCACUCUUAAAGCGACAUCAAAUGAUAUAUGAUUUGCUGCAAACGGAAAUGGAAGAAGAUAUACACGCUCUGUCAAUAAUAAUAUAUAUAUAUAAUCUAUAUUUUAUAUAUAUAUAUAUAUAUAUCAUUAUGUUGUCAUCCCUCAAGGCAAAGACACCAGAGCAAUGGGCAGCCAGUGACAAAACGGUGGCAGCGAGUCCUGCCUGUAGAGGUGGCUUUGGAAAAUAACAUUAUUUAAAAGCGUUUAAUAAUUAAUUAAGAAUAAGACAUUAUUAAUUAUUUACUAAUAGUAAGUCGCAAGAAAAGCAACACAGGUGUAACAAUAAAAACAUAUUUCGUGCUGAGAUUCA